AUGCAGCCCUUCAACUUGGUCGGUGCUCUUAUUCUGCUGAUCCACAUCUCCUCCGGCAGCACAGAAACCCAUCGGCACUACCGACAAGUCCCUACUGGAAACCAAGCAGGUGUGUGCCGCUAUGGCAGGAGGCUGGAGUGCUGCUACGGCUGGAAGAAAAACAGUAAAGGACAGUGUGAAGCUCAAUGUGACCAUGGCUGCAAGCACGGAGAGUGUGUUGGCCCCAACAAAUGCAAGUGUUUCCAAGGAUACACCGGAAAGACGUGCAACCAAGAUCUGAAUGAGUGCGGACUGAAACCGCGACCCUGCGAGCAUCGCUGCAUGAACAGCCACGGAAGUUACAAGUGCUACUGUCUCAAUGGUUACACACUCAUGCCAGAUGGAUCUUGUGCAAAUUCCAGGACGUGCUCUCUGGCUCACUGUCAGUACGGUUGUGAGGAAGUUCAGGGGGAGAUUCGCUGCCUCUGCCCAUCUGCAGGGCUGCAACUGGGUCAAGAUGAGAGGACGUGUGUAGAUAUUGAUGAAUGUGUCACUGGAAAGAAUCUCUGCCCAUACAACAGACAAUGUGUGAACACGUUCGGCAGCUACUACUGCAAAUGCCAAGACGGCUACGACCUGAAAUAUGUUGACGGCAAAUAUGACUGUGUAGACCUUGAUGAGUGUGCAAGUGCCACCCAUAAGUGCAGCCACCAUGCUGUCUGUCUGAACACUCCUGGAUCCUACAAGUGCAGGUGCAAGUCUGGCUUCAGAGGCAAUGGCUUUGAAUGCUCUGUCAAGCCCUUUUAUCAGAGGUCAUGGGAUGGAGACAAGGGAAGUGCAGAUGAUUUCCUCAAUGCCAUCCCAGACUCUCCUGUGAGGCCCAAGCUGGACAAUGAGGACAUCAAAAACGUAAUUCCUGAACCAGUCGCUACACUGCCUCCUAGGAUCCGUCAGCAGCCGUUCGACUAUGAUGGAGAGGUCUAUAUUGGUGCACCUGAGGAGAGACCAGAGGAGGAAUUUCCUGAGGAAGAAGAGGAGGAGGAAGGGGAAGACAACCAGCUAAAUCCUAGAGGAGAUGUUUUCAUUUCAGAGGACUUUGAGUCUGUUUUUGGUCCGGCAACAGAGGUAAAAGAAAUAGAACUGGCACCAGCUCAGGAAGAGUUUAUCAUGGAUUGCAACUUUGAUCAGGGAGCAUGCGAGUGGGUCCAAGACAAGGAUGAUGACAUGGACUGGAGUGUAGCCUACCAUAAUGAAGGUGCUGGUGCUGAGUACUAUAUGGCCAUGAGUGGGCUGGUAGGAGAGCAGGAUGAUGUAGCCAAGCUGAAGCUGCUCUUAAGUGACCGGACCCAGCAGGGCAGCUUCUGCCUCACCUUUGACUAUCGGGUUGUAGGCCGCAACGUGGGAACUCUCAGGGUGCUGCUGGAUAACAUUGCUUACCCAGUGUGGGAGCAGAGUCAAAGCAGAGACCAGGCCUGGCAGACAGAGCUCCUCACUGUGACCUGGAAAGAGGUGGCCCCAGAAUCUAUUGUCUUUGAAGCUCAGCGUGGGAACGGUGUUGGAGGAGAGAUUGGCCUGGACAAUGUUGUUUUGACCUCAGGGCCCUGUCAAGAGGACGUCGGCCCCUUGUUUUAA